ACAAGCUCUUGCCUGUCCUGUCUCGAUACUCUCUUGCUCUCACUUAUGAACCACUCCAUCGACCGUCGCUCGAUUAAUUUAUCACCAGAUUCCCCAAAAAGCCAAAAGAAAAAAAAAAGGAAAAACUGAAUCCGGAAGCAGAAAGUGGAGAGAUUAAAUCAAAGAAGAGAUGUCGGAUUGGGGCCCUGUUUUCGUCGCGGUGGUGCUGUUCGUGCUGCUGACGCCGGGCCUGCUGUUCCAGCUGCCAGGUCGCCGCCGGCUCGUCGAGUUCGGCAAUUUCGAAACGAGCGGCGCCUCGAUCAUGGUCCACUCGCUCCUCUACUUUUGCCUCGUGUCCGUCUUUGUUCUGGCCAUCAAGGUUCACUUGUAUCUUGAUUCGAGUACUAGAGAGAUGGCGGAUUGGGGGCCGGUGGUAAUCGCGGUGGUGCUGUUCAUCCUGCUGAGCCCGGGGCUGCUGUUUCAGCUGCCGGGGAAGGGGAAGGUGGUGGAGUUCGGGAACAUGCAGACGAGCGGGCCCUCCAUCCUCGUCCACACCAUCAUCUUCUUCUGUCUCAUCACCAUCUUCCUCAUUGCCGUCGGCGUCCACAUCUACACUGGAUAGUCCGAAACGAGUCAGAGUCAACUCUUUCCUUAUUCUUUUCUCCUGCGAUGGUCGCUUUGAUUAGCCUUAUGUUGUGAUUCCGUGCCGCUUCAUUUCUUAUUUCUUUUUGUUGAGCUUGUCAUCUUGCGUUCAGUCAAGUGUACCCGAGUGAGGAAAGAUGAUAUGAUCUAUUUUCCUUCCAUUUC